AGGGUGUGGGUCGGGGGGGUUCAGGAUGGCGGUCCCGGGCAGGGCACGGCCAGGGUGGUGUUUGUGCCGUUCGCUGCCCGUUUGGUGUCCCGCUGGGCGCAGGGCGAUGCUCCUGGCCAUGCCAAAGGUGCCCUUUGUCCUUGCCCUGCUUCCCCCCAGAGCCAUGGAGAAGUUCGGGAUGAGCUUCGGGGGCGGCCCCAGCAGGAAGGAGCUGCUGGAGACCAUCGAGACGCAGAAGCAGCAGCUGCUGCGCUUCCAGGCGCGCCUCAAGGACGUGGUCCGCGCCUACAAGAGCCUGCUGAAGGAGAAGGAGGCGCUGGAGGCCAGCCUGAAGGUGCUCUCCGUGUCCCACCACGGGGACCUGGCGCCGCCCCCGCCCGCAGCCGGCGACUCCCCGGACGAGCGGAGCUCGGAGCACAGCGAGGACAGCGCGGGGACGGCCGCCAGCGCGGACACCGCGGCCGGCGUCAGCGGCGCCAGGGGGGACGAGGAGGACAGACCCGCGGCUGGGGGGCAUCCCCAGAGGGCCGAGGAGCCGAGCGGCCCCGAGGGCGGGGAGCUGAGCGCCGGCGGCGAGCCCGAGCGGCGGCUGCAGCAGCUGAAGGCGCAGCUGGGCACGCUGACGGGCGCGCUGGCCACGGUGACGCAGGAGAAGUCGCGCAUGGAGGCCUCGUACCAGGCGGAGCGGCGGCAGAUGAAGCAGGAGCUGGAGGAGGCGGCGGCGCGGGCGCGGGCCGAGGCGGGGCGGCUGCAGGAGCAGCUGGCCCAGACCCGCGGCCGCCUGGCCGCGCAGCAGCGCGAGCGGGAGCGCGAGCAGGGCGACCACGGGCUGAUGCUGCGCGAGCUGCAGGAGCUGCUGCGCGCCGAGCGCGACGCCCGGCACGCGGCCGAGCGGGAGCUGCACGAGUGCCGCGAGGCGCUGGCCGGCGGCGCCGCAGAGCGGGCCCAGGGCCACGAGCAGCACGCGAGGCAGCUCAGCCUGGAGCUGGAGGAGCUGCGCAGGGAGCUGCAGGGCGUGCGGGAGGAGAGCGGCAAGGCGGACCCGCGCGUCCAGGAGCUGCAGGAGGAGAUGGCCGGCCUCAAGAACCAUUUCCAGCUGCAGCUGGUGCAGGAGAUGAAGAAGACAGCCCAGGCCGAGGAGCAGCUGCGGCAGCGCUCGCAGCGGGAGGAGCAGCGCGUGGCCGAGCUGGAGGCCCAGGUGUCCCAGGUGUCCGAGCUGCUGGGCACCUACGAGAAGGCCAAGCAGAGGGACCAGGGCACCAUCCAGAGGCUCAAGGACCGCAUCGUGCAGCUGGACCUGGAGAACAAGACCUUGGCCAUCGCCGCCUCCAGCCGCUCCCUGGGCGAGGUGGCCGUGGAGGAGGCCACCCUGGACGUGAGCGCGCUCAAGGAGAAGAUGGAGAAGCUGCGGAAGCUCCUGCAGGCGGCGGCCGGGAAGGGCCCGGCGGGGCCGGAGGCGGAGGAGCCGCGGGAGCCGGAGCGGGAGCCGGAGCCGUCCCCGGGCGGCGGGGACGGGAACGGGGACAAGGCCCCGGGGGGGCACUGCCAGCAGGAGCUGAGGCAGCUCAAGGAGGAGUUCGAGCGCUACAAGGUGAGGGCGCAGCAGGUGCUCAAGAGCAAGGCCACCAAGGACGUGGGCCUGGCCAAGGAGCUGGAGGAGGCGCGGGAGCAGCUGGCGGAGCUCCAGGACAAGCACGUGCUGCUGCAGCUGGCCACGGACGACAUGGAGAAGCAGCACCGGCGGGAGCUGGAGGCCGGGAAGCAGGAGCUGUUCCAGCUGCAGCAGCUGCACCGGCAGGAGCUGGAGCGGUGCCAGCUGGAGUUCCGGGAGCGGGCGCUGCGGCUGGAGGAGGAGAUGCACAAGCAGCGGGACCGCGCGCUGGCCGUGCUGGCCGAGAAGGACCGGGAGCUGGAGCAGCUCCGCGCCCUCACGCUGCCCCACGGCCCCCAGAGCUGCCGGGACGGCGGCCCCGGGGACGCUCCCGGCCAGGACUCCUCGGAGAUCCUGCCGCAGGCGCUGCAGCUGAGCUCCGGCUCCGAGCCCACCUUCUUCCUGUACGCGGAGCAGCUGGCGCGCAAGGAGGUGGAGAUCGCGGCGCUGCGCAAGCACAAGCACCAGCUGGAGGUGCAGCUGCACCAGCUCCAGGGCAGGGCCCUGGCCGAGGAGGACAAGCACCGGGAGGAGGUGGCGGCGCUGCGGGGCGAGAUCCAGAAGAGCUGCCGGGACAAGAGCAGGGAGGGAGCCAACCUGGAGUACCUGAAGAACGUGGUGUACCGGUUCCUGACGCUGCCGGACGCGCGGGGCCGGCAGCAGACGCUCACGGCCAUCCUGGCCAUCCUGCACUUCAGCCCCGAGGAGAAGCUGAGCAUCGCCAAGAGCUCGGCCCACGGCUCCUGGUGGCUCCACGGGAAGAGAUGAGGGGUGGAUUUUAUUCCCUUUUCCGUAAGAGCUCCUUCCCGAGGACUGACCAAAACCUCAUCCCAGCCACGCCCGCAUCUCUGCAGGGCUUGGGCUCCAGUUGGCGUUUUUAGCACUGAUUUGCAGUGAGGUUGUGCCAACUUUUCCAGCCCCAAAGCCUCCGUGGUGGGAAUUUGCUUCGAGUUGAGACUUGAUUUGAAAACCAUGGAAUGGAAGAUGCUGAGGUUUUUUAAAGGUGAUUUAAAAGCAAUCCCUACCUGUCAGACGUGGCAUCGAGUGGAAUUCACUUGGAUCUUCAAGCUCCAGCCAGGCUGGUGACUCAGGAGAUGAAAGGGAAGGUGGGAAGCACUUUAGGUGGAGCUAAAACAGCACCAGGCCACGGAAAGCUCAGGAAGAUGGGGCUCAGUGCAGGAAAUCUUGGGCAUUUCCCCCUAAGGCUCUUUUCCAGAGCCUAAUUUAACCAGUGGAUGCAGCUCCAGGCUCAUCCAGGAGCUCAGGCUCUCCUUCUUUCCCAGGGAUCCUCUCUGGGCUAUCAGGGAUUCUAGGAAGGAGAAAGGAUCUCCCUGUGGAUGAUUCCCAUCCUGAGGGUGUUGUUUUCCUGCCCCACCUUUGGAAUUAAAUCCUGGCUGCUAAAGCUAGGCCCAGAGACAGGGAUAGGUCUGGAUUAACAUCCCCAGGGGUUCUGGAGCCCAGUCAGGAGCAGGUUUGGGAGCAGCUCCUGGUGCUGCACUGCCCAGAGAGCCUUGGGAAGGAUCAGCCACUCCUGGCACUGCCAGGGACGAGGACAGGGACAUGGAACUUCCCUCCUGUCCUCCUGUCCUGGUCCUGCCAGCAGCCAAACUCCCUGGAUUCCACUCUGGCCAGUGCAGUCCUUGCUGCCAAUUUCUCCUCAAAAAAAUCCUCAGGGAAAACGUGCCCCGGGCAGAGCCUGUCCCUGCUGGGAGGGGGCCACAGCUGGGGGAUGUUCCCUCCAUCCAGGGAUGUUCCCACUGGGAACAGCAGGAUCCAGGUGCUGCCCUGAUGGGAGAGUUUGUCCCAGGAAUGUUUGAAACGCUCCUUAAGGAUGAAAGUGCUGGCUCAGCCAGGGGAGAGCCCAGUCCCUGCUCCCAGUUUGGAAGUGUUGAAUCAAGGGGUGCCUCUGGAAUGGCAGGGAUGGCUCCAACUCUUUCCCUGGAGCCAUUCCCACAACUCCAGAGGGAGGUGGAGCCUCCUCCUCCUGUGGCUUCGCUGCUCAGGCUGAGGGGAUGGAUCCCUGUUCUCCCUCUGCUCCUGCAGAAUGGAGUGACCUGGAAUGGACCCCGGGGGUGGUGGGGACCCAGCUGGGCAGAGGAAUGGGGUGGGACCCAGCUGGGAGCACAGCCUGGAGCAGGGAAUCGGUGUGGGAUCCAGCUGGGAGAGCAGGGAAUCGGUGAGGGAUCCAGCUGGGAGAG